AUGUUGCUUGGAUUCAUAAUUGGAAUUCUUGAUCCGUCAACUCUCGGCGUUACAGUUCUGCCAGUAGCGAUCGCUUACGCUUUGUGUUCGGCUGUUUUCCGUGCCUGGUGUCUGGAAAAAGCCAUGCAUGUAGUUGAAGGUCAAGGAAACACUCUCCACAACCACCAGGUGGCGAUGGGAAUCAUCGUUCUUCCGUUCAUUGCACUUGCUUGCGGAGAGACGAAGGUCUUCAAUUGGAUGCCUACAAACUUCAGUCAACUGUUUACGUGGCAGUCUUGGGGUACACUGGUAUCUGCUGGAACCAUCCCAUUCAUUAAGAACGUUGUGGCUAACAGAAUGAUUCGACGUACUGGACAAGCACCAUGGAGAAUUCUCGAAGCUAUAAGUAUGAUACUCGUGUUUGCAAUUGGAGCAACAAUAUGGGAUACAACUUCUAUUGCAAGUAUCGUGGCAUUCAGCCUCGUACUCGCUGGACGCGUUCUUGGAACUUUGGAUGUUCUUUCGAAAGAUCCCGACGAGCGAAGGCGUGCCGUUUAUCAUGAAGCUGAACAUGAGUCUUAUCCACCUCCAACAUUGGGGUUCUCAGAAGACGAUUAUGAGAAUAUUGAAAUGUGCGAGGGUGGUAACGAGACCGGCGACGCAAAAUACAAGCUCUUAUCAAAGAAGUAA